AUGAUUAUUCAAUUUGCUACGAUCCAACUCUGGCCUUCGAUCACUGGAACUCGACCAGGGGUGCUCCUUCCGCAGAAAGCCUCUCUACCUCAUAACUCGUCCCUAAGCAAACGCAAACGGGGCUCGACUUUCCCAAGUGAUCUCCCUAAACACGUUUCGGCCAACGAUCUGCCAGACACAGUAUGUUAUCGCGAUAUUCAGCUCUUUUUUCUCAAAGACCCAGAAGGCAACCGUGACGUCCUCUGUGCUAUCAUCGAGUUUCGCAACCUUAAAGGGCGGCCUGAAGGUACUGAUGGAACCCAAUUCUUUAUGCAUGGGGAUUAUCAACUGGCGUACUGCCCAAUUGUGCAAAUCAUCUCGUACGCCUUCCGCGAUGGGGCGUUCCUCAAUACUAAGUUAUCACCGGAAAUUAUAUGGCGGCUUCAAGUUCCGAAACAUCUCUCUUCUCUUCUCCUGCGAUGGAAACCAGACAUAUUAGACACACCCCUCCUUCGGCGCGUGACCCGUACAGAGUAUGGCUACGAACUUGACAAGUCUUUGCCUAUGACAUACGACUCCAGCCGACAAGCGCUGCGGGAGUUAGGACGGGAUGCGAAGUUUGAAGAUGAUAUCGGUCACUACAAUUAUCGGCGCUGGACCGCAAAUGAAGGGAAUCGAAACUUUACCAGUCAGGAGCGACAAAGAGUCCUCGGCCAGUCUGGUGAUGGCGUUUUCGAAAGACACUACCAAUCUCAGUUUAUGCAGCGCAAUCUUCAGCAUGUGGUCCUUCUCUGA